AUGGAAGCAUCGUGAGAGAGUGUCAAUCACUGGAAAUGCCAGGUAAGAAGCUUUUUUUUUGCUCUCUCAGUCUGAUGAGACUGAAUUCUCUCUCUCUCACUCGGCGUGUGAGAAAAUUGGAAAGAGGGGAAUUUUCGUGUGAAUUUCGUGCGAUAGUCUGUCAAUUUUCGUUGAGAAUCCCCUGUCCGAUUGGUGAAGGGGCGGAGUCUCGAUGUUCUGGGUAUAAAAGAGCAUGUGGGGGAUUUUGUAUCGUCAUUUGAAGUGGAAGAGCCGUCGUGAGCAUUUCAGCGCAAAUUCGGGAUUAAUCGCUUGUUCUCUUGAAGAUCAGUUAUUCCAAAAUUAAAUCGUGUGAGAUCAUUUCGGGAAUCCCUGCAAAUUUUUGGUGUGAUUGUGCGAUAAGUUCUCUGAGGAAUAAUACUUAAAAGAGAGGUACUAAAAAAAAGUGAAAGAAAUAAAAGUGACUCUGUGACUGAAUUCAGGAAGAACAUCAUUUUGGUGAUUAAAUUGGAGAAAUCGUGACGAAUUGCAAAUUUUGCAAGCUUGUAGAAAAACUCAAAAGUUUAUAAAUCUUGGAUACUGUGUGCUAAGUUUAGGCUUCAACUAACAAUAAAAAAAAAAAUAUGAAGGCAAUCACUGCUGUAUGUUCAACGGGGGCAUCGGUGCCGGGAAUAUCGAGUGGUCGAGUGUCGAGGCAUCGUGAUGGUGAAAAUGCAGAAAUUCAGAUGUAUCUGUCGAAACUGAAGGAUCUGGUGCCUUUUAUGCCCAAGAAUAGGAAAUUGUCAAAAUUAGAGGUGAUCCAGCACGUUAUCGACUACAUUUGUGAUCUCCAGAGUGCACUGGAAAUGCAUCCGGCUGUGAAUACAUUCGAUGCUGCUGCAGCACUCAAUCAACCCACCACGAAACACUCAACACCAGUCAGCCCAAGACAGCCACUCGGUGUCCGGCCGAGUCCAAAUACAAUCCUCCACACCACCGGAACAUCAUCCAUCAGUGAGACACAUCCAGUCACUUCAAAUCCUGCAAUCACGACACCAACAGAAAAACCCGUGAGCAGUGAUCGAAUGGAUCUAUGUUAGGAAUAAAAUCGUCUUAUGUAAUAUUGUUGUGUGUAAAUAAUAAUAAUAAUAAUAAUAAUGUGUAACCUAGAGACUGGAGACGAUCACACAACCGUUCAGCGCGAGAGAAAAUUAACAUUAAAGUCGAAUAACAUUGUGUAGAUUUCUCAAAGAAUAUUUUUGAGGGGGAUUAAAAAAAACUGUCAUCGUCUCCUGGGCUGACAAGAUAAGAAAGCGAGCAAUGCAAUUGUAAGAAAUGCUUAAUUACACAAGCAAGAGAGCUACACAAAGAAUUUUUUUUUAAUUAUUCUAUAUAAUGGACUUGAAUAGAUUUUAGCGAUUUUAUGUUAGUUUUUGAUUGUAUAAAUAAUGGAUGAAGAAAAUAUUAAAAAAAAUGUUCUGUGAUCGUAGAUUAUUUUGUACAAAGUGUAGAUUACAAGAUGAAGUAAAAAAUACAUUUUAUCUCUAUUAACCUACAGAAAUAUUUUCUUUAAAAAAUACAAAAAAACUGAAGAAAAAACAAAUUUAAGAUGGACUCUAAUGCCCAACGUUUCUCAUAACUUUUAUUUGUACACAUGUUUUCAAAAUUUUCUAUGAGAGAGAGCGAGAUGACUAGAUCUAGAUCUCACUCACUCUCAUUGAAAUGUCAAAAACAUGUUUACAAAACAAAAGUUAUUGUGCGUUCGGCAUAAACAGAGCAAAUGGAGCAAAUGCAUUAAUUUAAUUUACA